GAUGCGCAGGGCGCAUCGUUCCCGUGUGUCACGGCCUCGGAAAGACAGGUGGCCAGGGCCCACGCACCGGGACAAGAUGCCACCCUGGGCGCCCUGGCGAGCCCUCUCCGUGGUGCUGAUUCUGACCUGGGCACGGCCUCCCGAUGCGCUCGCCUGUCCGCACCCGUGCGCCUGCUACGUGCCCACCGAAGUCCACUGCACCUUUCGCUCCUUGGCUUCUGUACCCGCGGGGAUUUCCAAACACGUGGAGAGAAUCAACCUGGGGUUUAACAGUAUCCAGGCUUUGUCCGAAACCUCCUUCGCGGGACUGACCAAGUUGGAGCUACUGAUGGUUCAUGGCAAUAACAUUCCGAGUAUCCCCGACGGGGCGCUGAGAGACCUCAGCUCUCUCCAGGUUCUCAAGUGCAGCUACAACAAGGUGCGCGUGCUCACGGCGCACACCCUGCGGGGCCUGGGCAGCCUCCUGCGCCUGCACCUGGACCACAACCAGCUCGAGUUCAUCCACCCGCAGGCCUUCCGGGGCCUGACCUCGCUGCGCCUGCUGCACCUGGAGGGCAACCACCUGCAGCUGCUGCACCCCGCCACCUUCGCCACCUUCUCCUUCCUCGACUCCUUCCGACUGUCCAACAUCCGGCACCUGUACCUGGCGGAGAACCGGCUGAGCAGCCUCCCGGCGGACCUGCUGCGGAACAUGCCGCUGCUGGAGACGCUGUACCUGCAGGGCAACCCCUGGGCCUGCGACUGCGGCCUCCGCGGCCUCCUGCGCUGGGAGGCGCAGGCCCCAGGGAUCUUGAAGUGCAAGAAGGACAAAGCCUACGAAGGUGGCCAGCUCUGCGCCGUGUGCUCCGGUCCCAAGAAGCUGCAGGGGCAGGAGAUUCACAAGCUGCAGGACAUUACCUGUCAGAAGCCGUCCAUCGAGUCCCCCCUGAGACACAACAGCAGCGAGGACGACCCGGACGCGGAAGACGACGGUGACAGCCCCUGGUCCCUGGCGGCCUUCCCGUCUCCACCCUGGAACAUCUCUCUGAACAUGACCGAUGAGCACGGCAACACGGUGACCUUGGCCUGCGGCAUCCAGAAGCCCUCGGAGCUGUACAGAGUCCACCUGAACCAGACGGAGGCUCACGAGGUGGACGUCAACGCCACAGUGGCCUUGGACCUGGACUGCCCGAUGACUCGGGAAAACUACGAGAAGCUGUGGAAACUCAUCGCCUACUACAGCGAGGUCCCCGUGAGGCUGCACCGGGAGCUGGCGCUCGGCGCCGACGGUGGGGGCGGCUCCCAGUACCGACAGCUCGCCCACGAUGACGCCCUGUACUACACGGGCGUCCGGGCCCACGUCCUCGCGGAGCCCGACUGGGUCAUGCAGCCGUCCUUCGACCUGCAACUCAACAGACGGCAGAGCACGGCCAAGAAGGUGCGGCUGUCCUACCGGGCUCAGUUCUCCGUGACCGUGGGCAGCAAAGAGGCGGCUCAGUCCCGCAGCCGGAGCUGGGUGAUGAUCGAGCCGGGCGCGGCCGAGCGCCGAGCCCAGACGGUCUUGGAAGGGGCUCCGUGCCAGCUGAGCUGCAAUGUCAAAGCUUCGGAGAGUCCGUCCAUAUUCUGGGUGCUCCCCGACGGCUCGGUCUUAAAAGCGCCCACGGAUGACCAGGAUGGCAAGUUCUCCAUCCUCACCAGCGGGUGGCUGACCAUCAGAUACACCGAGCAGUCUGACUCUGGUGUGUACCGGUGCGUGGCUCGGGUGCGGGAUGAAACGGACCAAGUGGCGCACAGGGUUUCCGUGCAACCUCUCGCCACUCAGCCCGCGGGUAGACACACAGUGACCGUUGAGAAGAGCCCGGGGGACCCAGUGACCUUGCCUUGCCAGGCCCUGGCCGUCCCGGAAGCCCAGCUCAGCUGGAUUCUUCCCAACAAAAGGAUCGUCAACGGUUUGGCCAACACAUCUCAGGCCUACAUGUUGCCCAACGGAACGCUGUUCAUCCCCAAGGUCCAAGCCAGCGACGGCGGCUACUACAGAUGCGUCGCCGUCAACCAGCAGGGGGCGGACCACUUCACCGUGGGGGUCACCGUGACCAAGAAAGGGUCCGGCAGGUCCUCCAAAAGAGGCCGCCGCCCCGGCGGGAAGACCCUGUCCAGGGUCCGAGGAGACGUGGUGGAGGACGAAGGGGGCUCGGGCCUCGGCGAGGGGGACGCGUCUUCCAGGAGAACCCUGCCUCCGAAAGGUCGGAAGCUGGUCCUCGACACCAAGGACGACGCCAGCCCCAAGAAAGGGCGGAGGAAGCUGAAGCCCUGGAGGAACUCUGAGAAGGAGCCGGAGACCAACGUGGCGGAAGGUCGCAGAGUCUUCGAGUCCAGACGCAGGGUGAGCAUGGCCAACAAGCAGAUCAACCCAGAACACUGGGCGGAUAUUCUAGCCAGAGUGCGAGGGAAGAACCUCCCCAAGGGGACGGAAGGACCCGGGGCCAUGAGAACCACCACCCCUCCGUCGGCCGGCCGAGACGUCACCCCCGCUGUGCCCGUGGCUUCUCCUCCGUCGGUGUCCCUGGCGCAGACCUCGACCAGCGCUGAGGAGUUCUCCGCCGACGCUGUCUUACCGGGCGAGGACGAGGCGGUCUCCAGGGGGGUUUCCGCCAGCCGGGGGACACCCCAGCACAGCCUGGAGGAAGCCAGAGAGACAAGCACGGAUGUGGGAGACGUCACCGAUGAGGACUUGUCGGAGAAGACGGAGGAUCCAGUUCCGACGGACGCUGACCCCACGAGGGCGGCAGCCACACAGCCGACGUCCCCUGCACCUCAUGGACCUGCCGCUCCCCGGAUCCUUGACGCCCCCCAAGAGCCGCCCCGGGAAAACCCAGCCACGGAGGACCGGUCUGGGCUCGCGCUUGGGCCUGUUCCGCAGCCACCAUCACGUGGCCACGAGUCUCCUCUGGAGACCACCUCCUUGGCCGCGUCUGUCCCUGCACCAUCCGUGUACCCGGAACAGGAGACGAACUCAGAACCAGACGCGGAGAAGGUGGAGGAACAUCCUUCCAGACACUCGACUCCAACUCCCGCCUGGUCCGUGGUUGACUCCACGACCCCUGAGCCGUUUGGAGAUCUCGCGCCCGGGCGGCCCCACGUCCCCGCACGAGGACGUGCAGAGCAGCAAACACGCCGCCCUGAGCCCGGGGGAAACGGUUUCAGCGCCGAAAGCCACGCGCUCCUGGAGAAGGGCGCAGAGGAGGAUUCUCUGAAGCGACCGGAAGGAAAUGGGCUGGAGAGAGGCCCCAAAAAGUCCCGAAGACCGCAGAGUAAGAAUCCAACCCUGGCGCCUGUCACGUGGGGUCUGAGGACCACGGUCACGGCCUUUCCGAGUCCCGGGGAAACCACCCCGGGGUUUUUUCUUGACAGGGGUACGACCCCAGCAAGUACAGUCAUGCCCGUUCCAAAGGCCACUCCACCUCCCGAGGCCACCACGCACCGUUCUCGAAAAAGACCCAACGGGAGGCGGCGGUUACGGCCCCACAAAUUCCGACAGCGGCACAAACAAGCGCCCCCCGCGACGCUCGCCCCAUCGGAGGCUCUUUCUGCUCCCCCGACUCCCGCCGCUGAGGGGAAGACCAGCGCCCACGCGGACGGCUUGCCGGCUCCUACGUCUCGGGUGCAGAGUCGGGUUCCGCUCACACAACAGGUGGAAACGGAGCAGCACGGGGACCCCGUCACCCGGGGAACCCCGCGAAGGAAACACGGGCGGAGACCAAACAGAAACCGUCACAACACCUCCACGGUGUCCUCGACGGCUUCUGCGUCCACGCUCCGUCCUUCUUCCGAAAACAGGCAGAGAGCUGUGAUCACUACCCCCGGUCCAGAAACCGUACGGGCGCCCACAACCAUUGCUCGGACAACCGGGGACCCCCGGGAGGUGACCAGCGUGGCAGGUGAUGCCACAACCACCACAAAAAUACCCGUGUCCCCGGACACAUCCCAAGAGACAGUUCCAGCCACGGAUAAGCCGGGGCCGGAUAACAGAGAAACGGAGAAUUACGCUGUCACAGACGUCGCGGACCCUAAAACGCACAGCUUAGGGCCUGGUGAGGUGGUCGUCGCUGUCGCCUCACCUUCUGUCCCCGAGGUGUCCCCCGUGGGGGAAUUUCAGGAAGACUCCUCUCCUUCUAUGUUUCCAGGAACUGAGGCCUGGAAUCCCCCAAAGACAGCGCAGCCGGGGAGGCCGCAGACAGACACACCUGUCACCCAGUCUUCAGAAGGCCUUGCGGACUCUGCCCCCUUUUUGGAGGAGUUGGAGGACCUGGAAUUCACCUCUCGGGUCCCCACUUCUACGGCGGCCUCCACGCCGUCUCAAGAGGACGAAGUCCUCGCUGCGACGGCUCUCGCAAGCACAGAGCCGCCUUCAGGUGCGGCAGGAUCCAGCAGCCGUGGCCAGGACGACCGUGAGACCAGUCCCGCUGUUGUCCGUGCUGAAACGAGACCCCAGCACCAAGUGCCCACUCCCGCCCCAGCGGACGCGGCCACCUCCUCGUCUCCUCGCACGACUCUCGUGCCUUCGGUACCGACCCCCACGGAGCCCGCCCGCGGCGCUUGGCGAGCGUCUCCGGGGCCCACGGAGUCUAAGGAACACGUGUUCUUCAAUGCCGUGGGGAUCCCAGAAACCCAAACACCCCCCGUGCCGAGGGAGGGGACACGGCAAAUGUGGAGAGACAACGAGGUGUCCACCCCCUCUCCCAAAAAGGAUGAAUUUCACGGGACUCUGAGGCAGGAGUUGGGAAAGGAAGCGCUGGAUGAGGGGAUGAGAAACAGCCUUCCGCGGGGUCCUGGUGUUCACCCCCAGGACGGGAGACUCCACCUUUUCCAGCAGCCGGCCAGGGUCCCUGCCGCACCUGUCCCACCGAGGGGGACGGCGAGGCCGCCCCCUAGAACCACACACAGCUCGGUCAGACACCUUGGAACCGCCCAGCCCCCUGGCCACCUGACCAAUAAGCCAGGAAUCACCGCGUACCCGUCGAGGGUGCUGCCAGACAACAGGCACUUGACGACUCCGAAACUCUCAAGUCCGCCAACGCCCGUGGAUCCCUGGCGUUUUUCCAGACCCGACACCUUUCCGGACCAGGGAACCGACCGGUUCGGCGGCCACUCCAAAGCGUUUGGAAAUAACAACCUCCCCGAUUUCAGAGACCCUGGGGCCAAGCUCCCCAACUCAAGACUUCCGCCCUAUUUCAACGGCAGAUUCCCUUUCUUCGUCAACAGGACCUUCUCCUUCCCGCAGCUGGGAGUCACGAGGCCCCCGACGGCGACCCCCGGCGCCCCAGCGAUGAGGGAGAGAAACGUCAACCCAGGUGCGCACAACCGGCUGCCGUCGCAGACCAUCACCCACGUGGACUUUGGGCCGCCAGCACCUCCGCUGAUGCACCGUCCGCGGACCGUGUCUCCACACUCGACCCACCUACAGAACGUCAUUCUCGUGUCCCCGACGCGGAGCUCCUUCCCCUUCACGAUGUCCCCGGGCCCUCCGUCCAGGAGCCCCCACGAUGGCAGCUCCAACUUCUCCCCCGGAGGACCCCCUGCCCCCAAAUUCUGGACGCUUGGCGAGAGGCCCCAGAUCAUCACCGCGUCGCCUCAGACCGUGUCCGUCACCGCAGAGACCAACGCUGUGCUCCCGUGUGAGGCGACCGGCAAACCCCCGCCGUUCAUCACCUGGACCAAGGUGUCCACAGGAGCCCUCCUGACGCCGAACACGAGAGUCCAGCGCUUCGAAGUCCUCAAGAACGGCACCUUCGUCAUCCGGAAGGUCCAGGUGCAGGACCGCGGGCAGUACAUGUGCACGGCCAAGAACUUGCACGGGGUGGACAGGAUGGUGGUCACGCUGUCCGUGUCGGUCCAGCAGCCCCAGAUCCUCGCCUCGCACUACCAGGACGUCACCGUCUACCUGGGGGACACCAUUGCCAUGGAGUGUCUGGCCAAGGGGACCCCGGCUCCCCAGAUCUCCUGGAUCUUCCCCGACAGGAGCGUGUGGCAGACCGUGUCCCCCGUGGAAGGCAGAGUCACGCUGCAUGAGAACCGCACCCUGUCCAUCAAGGAGGCGUCGUUCGCCGACAGGGGCGUUUACAACUGCGUGGCCAGCAACGCGGCGGGCGCCGACAGCCUCGCCAUCCGUCUGCACGUGGCGGCCCUGCCCCCCGUCAUCCACCAGGAGAAGGUGGAGAACAUCUCGCUGCCCCCCGGACUCAGCAUCCACAUCCACUGCACCGCCAAGGCUGCGCCCCUGCCCAGCGUGCGCUGGGUGCUCUGGGACGGGACCCAGAUCCGCCCGUCCCAGUUCAUCAACGGGAACCUGUUCGUCUUCCCCAACGGGACGCUUUACAUCCGCAACCUGGCGCCCAAAGACAGCGGGCGAUACGAGUGCGUGGCCGCCAACGUGGUGGGCUCGGCGCGUAGGACGGUGCAGCUGACCGUGCGGCGUGCGGCCGCCAACGCGCGCAUCACCGGCACCUCGCCGCAGAGGACCAACGUGCACUACGGGGGGACCCUCCGGCUGGACUGCAGCGCCUCCGGGGACCCCUGGCCGCGCAUCCUCUGGAGACUGCCCUCCAAACAGAUGAUCGACGCGCUCUUCAGCUUCGACACCAGGGUCAAGGUGUUUGCCAACGGCACCCUGGUGGUGAAAUCCGUCACGGACAAGGACGCGGGCGAUUACCUGUGCGUGGCCCGCAACAAGGUGGGGGACGACUUCGUGGUGCUCAAGGUCAACGUGGUGAUGAAACCGGCCAAGAUCCAGCACAAGGAAGACAGCGACCACCGCGUCUUCUACGGCGGGGACCUCAAGGUGGACUGUGUGGCAUCGGGGCUCCCCAGCCCCGAGAUCUCCUGGAGCCUCCCCGACGGCAGCCUGGUGCACUCCUUCAUGCAGUCGGACGACAGCGGGGGGCGCACCAAGCGCUUCGUCCUGUUCCACAACGGCACCCUGUACCUCAACGAGGUGGGCAUGCGCGAGGAAGGGGAGUACACCUGCUUCGCCGAGAACCAGGUGGGCAAGGACGAGAUGACCGUGCGCGUCAAGGUGGUGGCCGAGCCCGCCGUCAUCCGCAACAAGACGUUCUCCGUGGUGCAGGUGCCCUACGGGGACGUGGUCACCGUGGCCUGUGAGGCGAAAGGCGAGCCCACGCCGCGCGUGACGUGGCUCUCGCCAACCAACCGGCUCAUCCCCACGUCGUCGGAGAAGUACCAGAUCUACCAGGACGGGACCCUCCUGAUCCAGAAGGCGCAGCGCUCCGACAGCGGCAACUACACCUGCGUGGUGCGCAACAGCGCGGGGGAGGACCGGAAAGCCGUGUGGAUCCGCGUCGACGUGCAGUCGCCCACGAUCAACGGGAACCCCAACGCCAUCACCACGGUGCGCGAGAUCGCCGCGGGCGGGAGCCGGAAGCUCAUCGACUGCCAGGCCCGGGGCGUCCCCACCCCGAAGGUGUUGUGGGCUUUUCCCGAGGGCGUGGUGCUGCCCGCCCCGUACUACGGGAACCGGGUCACCAUCCACCGCAACGGCACGCUGGACAUCAAGAGCCUCCGCAAGAGCGACUCGGUGCAGCUGACGUGCAUCGGGCGCAACGAAGGCGGCGAGGCCCGGCUCAUCGUGCAGCUGACGGUCCUGGAGGCGAUGGAGAAGCCGGUGUUCCACGACCCGGUCAGCGACAAGAUCACGGCCAUGGCGGGCCACACCAUCAGCCUCAACUGCUCCGCCGCGGGGACCCCGACGCCCACGCUCGUGUGGGUCCUGCCCAACGGCACGGAGCUCCAGAGCGGCCGGCAGCUGCAGAGAUUCUUCCACAAGGGCGACGGGAUGCUGCACAUCAGCGGCCUGUCCUCCGCCGACGCGGGCGCGUACCGCUGCGUGGCGCGCAACGCCGCCGGCCACACGGAGCGCCUGGUGUCCCUGAAGGUGGGGCUGAAGGCCGAGACGCACAAGCAGUACCACAACCUGGUGAGCAUCAUCAACGGGGAGACGCUGCACCUGCCCUGCCUGCCCCCCGCGGGCCGCCCAGCUCGCUUCUCCUGGACGCUCCCCAACGGCCUGGCUCUGCAGGGCCCCCAGACGCGGGGGCGCUUCUCGCUGUGGGACAACGGCACCCUCACCGUGCGCGAGGCGUCCGUGUUCGACAGGGGGACCUACGUGUGCAAGACGGACAGCGCGCACGGGCCCUCGGUGGUGAGCGUGCCUGUGAUUGUCAUCGCCUACCCUCCCCGAAUCACCAGCGAGCCCACGCCGGUCAUUUACACGCGCCCCGGCAACACCGUGAAGAUGAGCUGCAUGGCCAUGGGCAUCCCCAAAGCCGAGAUCACCUGGGAGCUGCCGGACAAAUCGCACCUGAAGGCGGGCUCGCAGGCCCGGCUGUACGGGAACCGGUUCCUCCACCCACAGGGAGCGCUGACCAUCCAGCACACCACGCAGAGGGACGCGGGUUUCUACAAGUGCACGGCCAAGAACAUCCUGGGCAGCGACUCCAAGACCACGUACAUCCACGUGUACUGAGCAGCACCGGAGAGCGUGGGCCGCGGUCCCGCGAGGAACUGAGGACCGAGCCUCCCUCGGGGCCACGCCCUCGGGUGGGGUCAUCCUUCUGAAAGCUUGGGCGCGGGCACAGUGGCCCCCGCGCGGGGUUGAGGUCCAGGUUCACUCUGACCUGUGCUUGUUGGCAAAAGCGAGCAACCCAGACAGGGAAGGAGGGCUC